GACUCCUGCACCCGUCUGCUGUUCCUUGGUCACCGGUAUGUUCGCUGCGGCGACUAAGAACUUUGUGAAGCAGGUGGGAGACACAGGUCGGUUGAUCCCUGUACCGAGCCUGAGUGAGGCUGACCGCUACCAACCCCUCAGCCUGGUCACCAGGAAGAGGAAGAGACACUUCUGGAAGAAAACCAAGUACGCCUCAACCCCCUUCUCCCUGAAAGACAUCCUGGUGGGGGAGAAGGAGAUCACAGCAGGGGUGUCGUCAUACCAGCUCCUGAACUAUGAGGACAAGUCUGACGUGGCCCUGAACGGCAGAUUAGGGAACCACCUGAUGAACGACGUGGGGUUCAACAUCAGUGGUUCAGACUCUGUGGCUGUCAAAGCCUCCUUUGGGAUCGUCACCAAACACGAGGUAGAGGUCCCAACUCUGCUCAGGGAACUCAACUCCAGGAAAGUGGAUCUGGAUCACUGUCUGAUUCGUCAGUCCAAAGAAAGUGGGCGGAGUGUUCUCUGUAUUGUCAUGGAGAGCAUCCGUACGACGCGUCAGUGUUCUCUCACUGUCCACGCUGGCAUGAGACGGACGACUAUGAGGUUUCAGAUUGAUGAUGGUCAAAACCCCAAAGGUCGAGACAAGGCCAUAGUGAUCCCAGCUCACACCACCAUCGCAUUCAGCAUCUUUGAACUGUUUGUUCGAUUGGAUGGACGACUUGACGACAGGACGUUUGAGGAGCUCACCCACACCCACUCAGACACCUACAUGGACGACGUAGUGACAGACUACUAUGAAAAGGCAGCCAGCAUGACGGACGUCUCCUCCACCUACCUGAGAGGGGACUCCCACUCCCGUGUCAACCUCCUCAACCACAACAUCCCCAAGGGCCCCUGUGCCCUGUGUGGCCGGGGCCAGACACCGAGGGAGACGGUAUACGGCUGUCUGGAGUGCUCCUCCGGCGGGCACAAGUACGUCAGGCUACACGUGGUGCCUUGUUUCGACCUGUGGCACAAGACGCUCAGCUGAAGAGAUGGACUCAGGAAGAGAGAGGGAGGGAGAGAGAGGGGUCAUCCCUGAUUAGGCAUAUAGUACCUACCUAAUAGCCCUGUGCCAUACUGACAGUCAGAAAACUGGAGCUGGCCAAUGUCUGUAGUACUGUAUCUUAUUUAGAGCUGCCCUCCACUCCCCCUCAAUGGAUCCUCCCAAGUGACUCCCUCCGUUAGUCUACAUUAGUCUCUACUCUAUUCCAUCUCUAUUCCAACUAUUUCAUCUACACUUGACCUUGUUUUGGCCUCAUUCUGCUGGUUUCAAAGUGUGUCAUCAGGUCUUUUGGGUCAUCACCUGACGUUCAGUGUUUGUAGUGGGGUGUUUUGACCUCAUCAGGUCAGUGGGACAUUGUAAUGGUGAAAAGAGAGUGAAGAGGCUGUAAAUCUACAUUCAUAUUGCCAUGGUUACGUGACAUGGAUUCUCCUUUGUUGUUAUGUUUUUGUGACAUUUCGUUUUCUAUGGCUGGAUUAUUUAUUUUUAAAUAAAGAUU